CGAAAGAUGUUCAUCUCUGUGUCGCCAUUGGUCAAAUUCGCGUUAAACUUCACCCACAGUGACGCACGAGAGUGCAGAAAUAGUGCAGAGGUGGAAUUUCCACUCCAUUUGCCACUCGCCGUUUGCUCCUGUAGGCCGGAGUCGCUUGUGUCUAAAGCUCAGAUACAAAAAGAAAAACAAUUUGCCAUGCAAAAAGCGGAGAGUUUAUCCAUGCCGGUGCAGGACUCCAAGCAGCCCAAGGGGCUGUGCAGUGGUAGUCGCAUGCAACACAACAAGAUGUUCGCCUUCUUCUUCCUCCUUGUCAUGAGCUGCGCACUGGGGCUCAUCUGCGUGGCGUCGCUCAUCCAGCAGCGCGAUCUGCAGUUGCAACGCUUAGCAGUGCGCAGUCUUCACGGCACGAACAACCACGACGCUCGAGGCCAAUUGGAACUGAUGCAGCAGCCAGCAGAGGACGAUAACGCAGUGGAUAACCUGCGUAACUUUGAGUGUGUUGGCUGGAAAGCGCAACGUGACUGCUCACCCAAUGGAGGAGACGAUCCAGCCAAUGACAGAGCCUGCAACGCCACAGUUCACAACGGAGAGAGCGGAUACUGCGAAAUCCGGCAUAAAACAACGGGAGAAGUGCAUCAAGUCAUGAAAAUGCACUGCAACUCGUUGCGUCCGGAUGUUGCAUUCAAAUGCGACGAGUUUGCAACUUUCUUGGGUUAUGGACGUAAAGCCUCGGAAUAUGUACACGACAAGACAUUCUCAAUGGAAACUUGUCGAAAGCAGCUAGUAGAGGACCAACUGAUUGCCGCAGCGGCAGCGAACGAGAAGCCGAAAGUGGCAGAUGGCGACAUGGUCGACAAGAUCCGUCGAGGCGUCGAACUGUCACGCACGACGGCUCCAGUGAGGGAUAUCCCGCAAUUAAGAAAAGAGUCGUCUAUUGUUACAACCCCGCCCUCGUCGUACAAACGAGGAAUCGUCUUGGUGGUGUACGAGAAAAUGUUACAAAGUGUGUACGCCUCGGUACGUUCGCUGAGAAGUAUGGGCUGCACUUUACCCGUUGAAUUGUGGUACAAACGCUCCGAAACCAACCCGUCCCACCCACUUUUAAGUGAGCUAACGGGACGGUAUGGAGCUUACAUGCGGGAAAUCAGAGAUCCUCGAGCUUCGAGAUUCUACACCAAGACGUACGCGGUUUUUUACAGCGCCUUUAACCAGAUUCUGCUCCUUGACGCCGAUAAUUUUGCAGUACGGGACCCCACGUAUCUGUUUGACACGCCAGAAUUCCAGAAAGACGGAGCCAUUUUCUGGCCAGAUUUCUGGCGGUCAAAGAAGACCAUUUUCAAUAUCCAGCCCACCAGUUUCGUGUGGGAGGUCUUCGAUUUGCAGCCUGUCGACAUGUUCGAACAGGAAUCCGGUCAGGUGCUUAUUGACCGCAGUAUGCACCAGAAGGCGCUCAACGUCUUGAUGUAUUACGCAUUUAACCCAAGCAUCUUUGAGCGUCUUCGUCUUGUUUGGGGAGACAAGGAUUUGUUCCGCUUUGCGUGGCUGAAAACGGCUAGUUCCUUCUACAUGAUCGAGACCCCACCUGGCUCAGCGGGUCUUAAACUACCCGAUCAGAAUAUUUUCUGUGGUGUCACGAUGGUACAGCACGAUCCGGAGCGAGAAAUUGUCUUCUUGCACCGCAAUCAGGAGAAACUUUCGAGUGAGAAUCGUGAAAAAGUUUGGGCCCAUAUUCAAGAUUUCCGUAUGGGCGAAGUGGAUCUGGAAGAGUAUGACGUUCGUGGAGCCAAUGGUGGGCGGUAUUUCCCGCAAUUCAAGCGCUGCUACGGCAAGGAUAUUUAUUACGAGAACGCGUUCACGGUCAAGACUAUUGAUGAGCUGCCGUUCGCCGGUCUCGAACAGCGGCUGCUGAACUUUGUGCAAGAGGCGGCUCGUAUCGACGGCACAGCUGACGAAAGAGCAAAUGGCAACGAAGGAAAUGUCGACGUGGCCGACCCGACGCACCAAUAAAAUGGUAUUCAAGACCUCCCGGUUGAUUCCAAGUCAGUUAGCAUAUUUUAAAUGCACUUUAAGUUGUAUAGUAAGGAAUGAGUCACUUCCGCGAAAGUGUCUAUGAGAUUCGCAAAAUACUAGAUCUGAAUUAAGCGAGAGUGGAAAAUGCUAUGUAUCUGAAGCGAUUUUUGAACGUAAUACCAGUACGAGAAUAUCCAAGUGAAUGGAUCA